AUGUCUUCUACCUUUUCAGCACCGUCGACUGUCACACAAACUGUUUUUCAAGCAGUGACAACUCCUUUCGUACAAGCAAGCAGCUGCUUGUCUAUAUAUGACCUGAUCACCCUACCUAUACUCAGGUCAGCGGGUGGUGGUUCCUCCACGAUCUCCUCUGUCGCAUUCUUGAUAUCGGAUGCUGCCAAUCCUCAAUUUUCCGCUUGCCAGCCCAACGGCUGGAAUGACGGUGAUGCCGCGAGCCAAUUCCACUUCAGUCCAGCCGUAUGUCCCAGCGACUGGACAUACUAUGAAAUGAGACGCCCAUCCUCUAAAGCCGGGAAAGAAAACAUCGAUCCCUAUUCCACAGCCUACUGCUGUGCUAGCGGUUAUCAACUAUGGAAUACACUCACGUCUUUCCUCACGCCUUUCUAUGUCACCAGCCUCGCGACACCCUGUUACCAAUACGUUCAUGCCGGCUCGACCUCAAUCACAGUAUCAAUAUCGUCAUCCGGCACUGAGACAACAGAAAUCUUCACAGAAGGAUAUAUAGCUCAUGCAGCAUGGGACAUCUCCUGGGCGGCAUCGGACACGGCGAGCAUGUCCCCAGCAUUACCAUCGCUUGAUUCGGAGCAAUACAUUUCGACCUGGGUGCCGGGACAGAGCGUCACAGCUCCUCCAGAACCGAAGUCUCAGAAUGACCCGGCACUUACGACCUUGGGAUAUUUUCUCAUGGUGGGCCUUCCGCUUAUUGGCGUCGCGAUCAUUGCAUGUGCCGUUUGGUGUUGUUUCACGAUCCGGCGGGCGAGGCGUCGAGAGGCGCCCCAAUUGGAGCAGUGGCGAUUGGAGCAUCCGACUAGUAUAUUCAGAACUCCCUAG